CAUUCUUCUAUCGUCCGCAACGACUAACCCCCAGACUCCAUCACCUUUCCGGCUCAGACCAAACCAACAGGAAAGCACCAACGAUGCAGCUCCAGACCGUCCUUCUUUACGCCCUUCUGUCGGGCCUUCCGACUACCCUCGCCAACCCCAUCAGCGAGGUCCGCGCCCCAGGCGAGCUCCAUGAGGUUACCAAGCACGGCAACAAGAAGGGUGGUCAUGGCAACGGCGGCGGCAAUGGCCAUGGGAAGGGACAUGGUAACGGCAACGGCAACGGCAACGGCGACGAGUGGGUGGACCAGGGCCCCUGGUGGUCAGUGAAAGGCUUCUCUCGUCACUGGAAUGAUACCACGCACUCGGUUGAGCUCAGCUUUGCCAUCUGGGACUCGCGGGACGAUACAGAGGUGCCCUGCAAUGUCAACGCUCGCAUUCCCGAUGGACAGAACUACAAGUUUGCUGAGUUCCACUCACUGCCCUGCGCCAAAAACGAUGUCGGGGCUGGAAAAUGGUUGAUCUCGAUGGGAUACGUUGAGUAUUUUGAUGCGGGUAUCAUGAAUAUCUGCGAUACCACUGUGGUCGACGGCUCACCUUCAGCGUCGACUUGGUUUUCGUUUGAGGGCAUCAACAGGCCUAAGGAACACGGUUUCCGUGACAUCGAGAAGGUCCCUGUCGGGUGGACCGAUUUUGGGUGUGUGUACAACGGGAGCCCUUACCCUUUGUAAGUGCCUUUGGAGGCCAUUACAGAUGGUAAUGAUGAUGAUGAUGAUAAUAAUGAUGCCUGGAAUGACUGAUUGGGCUACGAGAAAUGAGGAAGAGGUUGGAUUGACGAAUAACAUGUACACGCCGAAUAUGACGUUUGGUGGGCUGUAGUUGUGCCGGUAUCAAAGGUUGUUUAUAAA